GCCAUUGCAGUUAUCGUUAACAGCAUUGUGUUCCGGAUGCAACCCUAAAUUGCGAGAAGCAUCGAGAAUUUUCGAGGAGCAGACUGCGCCGAGUCUAUAUAAAGGCGCGUCGCGCUGUCAAAUCAACUCAUUUAGCAAAAAGUAAGAGAGAAAGACGGUUCGAGAGAGUAAAGAACGCAAGAGCAAGACAAUUGAUUGAAAAUAAAACACAUCAAAUAUUAUUUGUGAAGACAAAUUGUACGUGCGGAAAAACAGCAUUUUAUAUUUCAAAUUACAACAAAAGAACAAAAUCGAAUAGUGCAGUUAACGAAAAAAAGUGAAGAAGCAGCUGCAAAGCAAAUAAAAGUACAAAUACAAACACACACACAUAUACAUAUAUAAGACCGAGAGAGAAAAAAGAGAAGACAAAAUGGGCAAAGACUUCUACAAGAUUCUCGGCAUUGACAAGAAGGCCACAGACGAUGAUAUAAAGAAGGCGUACCGAAAACUGGCACUCAAAUAUCAUCCGGACAAGAACAAGAGUCCCCAGGCGGAGGAGAGAUUCAAGGAGAUUGCCGAGGCCUAUGAGGUGCUAUCCGACAAGAAGAAGCGCGACAUCUUCGAUCAGUAUGGCGAGGACGGACUGAAGGGUGGACAACCGGGACCAGAUGGCAUGCCAGGCCAUCCCGGUGGCUACACAUAUCAGUUCCAUGGGGAUCCACGUGCCACAUUCGCGCAGUUCUUUGGCUCACAGAAUAUCUUUGGUGCCGCGGAUCCAUUUAGCGGCUUCUUUUCCGGUGGCGGCGAUGGCCAGGAACAGGUCUUCAUGAACAUUGGCGGCGAUGAGAUGUUUGGCGGUGGCGGUUUCGGUGGCAAUCCUAUGGGAGCCUUCCGCUCCCAGUCGUUCAAUGCCCAGGCGCCCAGUCGGAAGCGACAGCAACAGGAUCCUCCCAUCGAGCAUGAUUUGUAUGUGACGCUGGAGGAGGUGGACAGGGGCACCACCAAGAAAAUGAAAAUCUCUCGCAUGUCCAUGGCCACGGGAACAGCGCGCAAAGAGGAAAAGGUGCUGAGCAUUACAGUGAAACCCGGCUGGAAGGCAGGCACCAAAAUCACAUUCCCCAAGGAAGGCGAUCAGGCACCACAAAAGGUUCCCGCCGACAUCAUCUUCAUCAUUCGGGACAAACCGCACUCGCAGUUCAAGCGGGAGGGCAGUGAUCUGCGCUAUAACGCCCAGCUGAGCCUGAAGCAGGCGUUGUGUGGCGCCUCCGUGACGGUGCCAACGCUUCAGGGGGAUCGCAUCUCGGUCAGCACUCAAGGCGAAGUUAUUAAGCCCACCACCGUGAAGCGCAUCAGCGGACGUGGACUGCCCUUCCCCAAGGAGCCAUCACGACGAGGCGAUCUCAUUGUUGCCUUUGACAUUAAAUUCCCAGACACGCUGCCACCAAGUCUGAGGAAUCAAUUGGCGGAGCUAUUGCCAAACUAAAUAUAUAAACUUAUAGAGCUUCAUACUCCUCCCAAUCCCAAAACGUUCACUAUAAAUCUGUAUAGUAAAUUGUAUUUAAUUUAAGUGCUAGUUAACAUAAGUUUAUCGCCCGAUGUAAAGGGAUACUAAAUGAAUUAUCGGUUGAGGAUUGAAUUAUGUUUCCCCAAUUGUUAGAGAUUGUUUGUAGAUACAAGAUACAACCCCUAAAAUUCUGUUGUCGCGAUAAGAUAAGAAAUGAAUUCAAACAACACACAAAACAUUAACACCUAAAUUCUGCAAAUAGAUUUUAGAAUAUUGUGUAGUGUUUAAAACUGGAGACUGAUCGUUUAUUGUAAUAGAAAUUAUAAAUUAAUACAUAUAUAUAUUUAUUAAGCAUUCUUACAAAUUCUAAUGAAAUUAAACAAAAUAAAUCAUGUUGAGAAAUUAAUAUAUUUAUUUAUAUCAAUGUCUAUUGUUGAGCAUAUCUUCAAAUCGAUCGUCUUCUGUAAAACACUGCACAAUUUCUUUGUACUCCACAUCGGCUAUUAUAUUAUAUAAAUAUUUAAUAUUUAUAUUGUAAGAAACUACACACACACAUCUGCAUAUACACACAGACACAUGCAGUAGGUUUAGUACGUUUUAGUACCAUAAUAUUUAUAUUAAAAAAAAGUAUUUAAUAAACUAAUUAAAAUAAACUGAAUA